CAUGCUGUUAGGUAGUAUGUUAUAAAAUCAAUUAUAAAACAACUUAAAAGUUUCGAUCAGUACAGAAAAUAUAAAAUAAGAUUUUCAUAAACAGCGACGGAUUUGAAAAGGUCACAGAUAUGCCUGGUACUAACACGACUAAAUCCCGUGAUACCGUCGUUAACAUAUCGGAUACGGGUACAGUUGCUAGCGAUGCUUGGGCACCGAAAGAUAUGAACAAGAAAUAUAACGAACCCGGAAGUAGAAACCCAUUAAAGCGGGUGCUGAUUGUGGGAGCCGGGGCAGCUGGCACGUCUGCAGCUUAUAGUCUUGGAAAGAAUCGUGAGAAGUUUGAUGUUCAAAUCUGGGAGAAAGGAUCAGUUCCGGGCGGUGUUGCUGCUACUGCAAGUUUAGAGAAACAACGCGGCACAUAUGUAAACUACGGAGUACAAGGCGGGACACCGACAUAUAGGAACACGUUAAACAUACUUCAAGAACAUGGUCUUGAUACACACCCAGUUCAUAUGAUGAUUUCUUUCGGUAAAGAAAAAACAGCAUGGACAAACUACGCCGAUUCUGAACUUACACAACGAUUAAGCAAAGACAUCGCAAAAUUUGAGAAGACAUUGAAAUUAAUUCACAGAUUUGAACCUAUUUUUAUAUUCCUUCCCAUUGCAAAGGUUUUGAAAUGGUUCGGAUAUUCUGAUGAAUUUAUGAACGAAAUGGUUUUUCCACUUACAGCGCUGUUCUUCGGCACCGGCAACCAGACGCCUAACGUAUCGACUGCAAUCAUGGCACGCGUAUUUUUGGAUGAUGAUUUGAGAUUAUUUGACUACGACACAAAAAGACUUUUGAGUCAAACUCCGGAAAUGUUUGCGUUUCCAAAUUUGGAGAAUAUGUAUGAAACUAUUAUAUCUACUUCCGGUGCCAAGUUUUUCCGCAACAGGCCGGUUAAAUGUGUGGAGAGAAAGCGUGGGAAAGUUUAUGUAACAGAUAUGAAUGGUACAAAUGAAGAAUUCGACGAGAUUAUUUUUGCGUGUGAUGCAGAAACAGCUCUUAAAGUGUUGAAAGAUCCAAGUUACAUGGAACGUAAGACGCUGGGUAAUGUGAGAUAUUUCAAUGACCUGAUUAUAACACACGAUGACGAAGACUACAUGAACUCUCAUUAUGAGUUACAUAAAGACAGGGACCAGUAUCUCGUCCGCACCGACCCGGAUGAUCCAUCUAAGAUUGAAAUGUCCUUUGAUUUAUCGAAUUAUCAACCCCAGUUGAAAAAAAUUAGGGAUCAAAAUCAACACGUGUUUCAAACCAUUUAUCUGGACGAUGAAUCCUCGGAUAUAUGGACUUUAAACAAAGUCAAUCCCGAGAAAAUCAUGCUAAAACAUUGGUGGCGCCAGUUUUCACACACGUGGCGCCAUUUUGCAUUUACUGUCCCAUUAAUGAGAUACAUUCAAGGUGAGCGACAUUCUUAUUUCUGUGGAUCAUAUACUUUGGUCAACACUCACGAGGUUGCCGUUAUGUCAGGCUUCUCGGCUGCCUAUAGAAUCGGAUCACCUUAUCCUUUUGAUCAUGAUCAACUCGCCAAGAAACAGUUUGAUCAUUAUCUCAUGGUCAUUCAUGGACGUCCGAGAAAAACGGGAUUCAAUUGUUCAACAAUCAAAUCGCUGUUCUUGGCUAUAGUAAUGAGAAUAUUCAUGCUUCUGUCGCUCAUGAUCGGCGCAUGCGUGAACAGGAAAAGAGAUGACGUUGAACCAGGGAAAGGUUACGGUCAAUCAGUUUACAAUGGUCUAGAGGGCUGGCCGAAACGUUAAACUAACUCAAGGACUGUACCUAGUUAGUUAUCUGCAAAGCUGAACAACAGAACAUACACUGAUAACGCUUUAUAUAAGUUAUAUAAGACUGUUUGAUUAUGAUUUAAUGCAAUAAUCUUUUUUUUUUAUUGAAGAAAAGUGAUAUUACAUACGUAUCAGAUAUUCAGUCCUUAUCGGAAAUGUUAAACUAUUCUAAACAUGAAUUGUUUACUGUAAAAAAACUGAAGUAUUAUUUUAAAGAGAAAGAAGUUUAUUUUAAAGUAGUUAUUGCUUGUUGUGUCCAGUAUUUCAGACAUGAAUUUGUUACAGGGAAUCACUAAUUAUUGAGAUAAGAGUGAACGCUCACAUAUAAUCACCACGUGUCGCUUUAAACUCUCUGGAAAUGGUCUUAAUUGCGAACACAUGGUGCGUAAAACGGAGAUAAAAGCUUGGCGUGAAAUAACGGUAGAAUAUAAAACAUCUCUUGACACACAGAAAUUAAUGGUCACUUUUGAUAUUCGUACUUGUAAAAGGCUUUUCAUUAGGAACAAUUUCACUCGCCUCAACGAUAUAACGGAAGCUCCGUCGGACAUGCUUUUAAAGCCAAGGUAAAAUAUUCAUUGAAACGAUACUGGUACAUGUAAAUGUUGUUAUGUUUUAAACUAAACUACAUUAAUAAAUAAGUCUUAACUACUCAAAUGAAGGGAUGGACAAGUGAUUAAGGUGCUUGCCUCUCAACCCGGAGAACAUAUGUUCGAGCCUUCCUAUGGUCACAACC